CCUAUAUCAAUUAAAGGGACAGUUUAACCCGUUUGUUGUUCAGUGCAUUUUCAAUCAUCUUUACUUUCUUCUCAACAUGUUGCAUGUUUUAAAUCUCUAUGAUUUUGAUGCGUCGUCUUCUUACCGCUUUUGGUUGUUUCUACAUUUUAACAGGGAAAAGUACUCUUUUAAAUAAACUGUUUGGCACUAAUUUCAAAGAGUCGGAUGCUUUUCCAAGAAGGUCUACAACUACAGAAGGAAUCUGGUUGGCCAGAUGCAUUGGAAUCCAACCUUUUACUCUAGUUAUGGAUUUGGAGGGAACUGAUGGACUAGAUCACGGAGAGGAGGAGCCUGUAUUGCUGAAGCAGAUUGCAACGUUUGCAGUUGCAGUUUCAGAUAUAGUGCUUCUGAACGUGUGGUGUUGUGACCUUGGGCGUGAAAAUGCCACAAACAAUAAUAUUCUGAGAACAGUAUUACAGGCGAUGAUGCAACGAUUAUUUGAUCCUCGCAGCACAACUUUGAUGUUUGUAAUACGCGACAAAACAAGAACACCUCUGGGGAACUUGGAGUCAAUUAUUCAUAAAGACAUCCAAAGGAUCUGGGAUUCUAUUCCUAAGUCGCGGGAUCUCCACAGUACUUCUAUAUACGAAUUAUUUACUGUGGAAGUUGUAGCAUUGUCUAGUUAUGAUUAUAAGGAAGAAGACUUUAACAAGGAGGUGGACGAUCUAAGAGAUCGAUUCGUGAACUCCAUCGAACCUGGGAGGCUUGCUGGACGCAGAAAAGCUCUGGCUGCAGCAUCAGAGUUUCCCUCAGCUGCUGUACAGAUCUGGAAUGAGAUAAAGGGUUAUAAGGGCUUUGAUUUGCCUUCCUACAAGGUUUUGAAUUCUACUGUGCGAUGUCAUGAUAUAGCUGACUCAAAAUAUGAUUCUUUUCAGAAAAAUGAGGAAUGGCGUGGAAUACAAGAGAUUGCCCAAUCCCAUCCAGUUCCCAAUUUUGGAAAGAAGCUUAGUACGAUUAUCAAAACUUGCCUAACUGAGUAUGAUGCCGAAACCACUUAUUUUGAUGAAGCUGUGAGAAUGAGAAUACGGAAACAGCUGGAAGAGAAAUUACUGAAACUUGUACAACCUACUCACCGAUCAAUACUGGGACGCAUUGGAUGUGAUGCCUUGGAGAGGUUUAAGGAAAGUUUUGAUGCUGCUUUGAAUGGAGGAAAAAAGCUUGCCCUUGUUGCUCCUCUUUACUCUAAGGAUUUUAUGAAGCAGUUUGAUGGAGCAUGUGCUGAUGCUGCCAUUGACAAUGCAAAUUGGGGCACAUCGGUAGUGAGGGACAGUUUACAAUGUGGAAUAAAUUUGUAUGUUGAGACAGUUGGUGUAGGCAAAGUAUCAGAACUGAAAACCGUCUAUGAGAUUAAAUUAAAAGCAGCCUUAGCUGAGCCAGUGAAAGGUUUACUGCUUGAAGACCGUGCAGAUCCGUGGCUGGCAAUAAGAAAACUUCUUAAAACUGAAACUAGAGCUGCUGCCGAUGGCUUUUGA